AUGCUGCGCUACAGCUCGGGCCUCACGGUCACCGCCACCACCCCGCGGAGGCCGCCCGGGGACAGCGGCCGCGCCCGGCGGAAGAUGAAUGUCUGCAGGUUGCGCUUAACAGUACCGCCUGAUGAAGGGUCACAGCCUGAGCAAGUAACCAAGGAACCUGAGAGAAGGACAAAAGAACUCUAUCAUGUACCAAAUGGCAUGUCUGCAGGGAAGCUGUCUCAUGGGAUGGUGUAUGGAGUUGUGCACCGAACUGACAACAACCAUCAGAGAGAAAUGGUGGUUUAUGGCUGGUCAGCAGAUCAGCUGAAAGAAGAGAUGAACUACAUUAAAGAAGUGAGAGCAACUCUGGAAAAAGUAAGAAAGAAAAUGUACGGGGAAUAUGAUGAAAUGAAACGAAAAAUACAGCAGCUUACCAAUGAACUCAAGGUGACAAAUGCUCAUCAGGAAUCCUUAGAGAAUCAUGUGCGAGUGCAGGCUGCAGCCUUAGACAGCUUCAGUGAAAUGAACAGCUCCUUGACAUCAGCUUCAAUAGACUUGCAGAAAACUCUAGUGGAUGUUACUUUGGAGAAUACUGAUAUAAGGGAGCAAAUAAGAAAUUUAAAACAUACACAUGAGCAAUCAAUGGAAAAACUGAGAGAAAAACAAAAGCAACUUGAAACAGCACAAAUUGAAAAUCAGUUACUGAAAUUAAAGGUAGAAUCAUCGCAAGAAGCCAAUGCUGAAGUCAUGAGAGAAAUGACAAGAAAACUGUAUAGUCAGUAUGAGGAAAAAAUGCGAGAAGAGGAGAAGAAACAUAAAGCUGAGAAAGAAAUCCUUCUAGAGGAAACAAAUCGACUUCUAAAGGCCAUUGAAGAGGCAAAUAAGAAGAUGCAGAUUACAGAAACGAGCAUCCAGGAGAAAGACCGGAGAAUUGGUGAGCUGGAUCGGCUGAUUGAACGCAUGGAAGAGGAGCGUCACCAGCUGCAAAAACAAUUGGAACUAAAUGAAAUACAAAUAUCUGGAGCAAAAUCUGAAAACAACUCUGACAGUGAGAGGUCACAGCAUCUGGAGGAGGUAGCAGCUAGCCUACGAGAGCGAAUCAAACAUCUGGAUGAUAUGGUCCACUGCCAGCAGAAGAAAGUCAAGCACAUGGUCGAGGAGAUUGAAAUGCUAAGGAAGAAAGUAAAAGAAAAAGAAUUAUUUAUAGUACAGCUUUUAGAAAAAAUCUCUUUCUUAGAAUGUGAGAAUAAAGAAUUACAAGAUAAAUUGGACUAUUUAAUGGAAAACCAACCAAAGACCAAUAUAGAAACCAGAGAUACUGGUGUAGGAUGUGAUCUUCCUUUCAGUACAAAUAUUGAGGACAGAAGAUCUCCUGAAGGUGCAAGGCCGGGGAGGACGUACACUCCAUUCAAAAGAGUCCUGGAAUAUAGCACAAAGAACAGUACAUCUUGAGCUUUCACGUCAGUGUGCUUUUUAAAUAUAAGCAAAUAUCUUGCGCCUUUGCAGCUUGGUUAGAUAAAUUUUUAUCAAGCCAUAGAGAAGAACAGCAGCAUGGAGUCUUGCUAAUUUAUCCUGAAAGCAGCUUUUUAGUAACUUCCAUCUGAAGUUAUUACUGACAUUACCUGUGAUGGGGACAUGGAAGAAGUGGGAUGAAACAGCAGUCAAUAUUGCUUCUUUGAGCGAAGCUGUGUAGUGCAAUGUGUCAUUUCAAAUACUAGUAAGGAAGGAGUUGUAUAGCUGUACAGUAUUUUUUCCUUCAAUUGUGUUGUAAUUCUAUUUGUACAGUGAAGCUCUAAUAUAUUUUUUCAAUACUACUAGAAGCAAAAUCUUAAAGUACUUGGCAAUGGGCAUUAAUGUGAGAGCUCCCUYUUGUCCGUUCACACAGCAUAAGGGCUCUUCAUCCCUGUCACAGAGACCUGUUGUGACCAGUGAGACCUGCUAAUGACCAGUGUCCUUUUGCUGGGAGUGAGGGAUGCAACUGCAGCUGCUCUCCAAGAAUCCCCUCAGCACAGGCAGGAGAAUGUCAUGUUUGUUGCCCCGAACAGCAAGACACAGAGCAACUUUAGAAUGAACUGGUUUGUUCUUCACCAGUUAUAGGGUGAGUGAAAGAUGUAUUCAAUAGUAAUUGUGCAGGAAAAUCCCUGUCACUUAGAUUUUAAGUUCCUUUUGGAGAAAGGAAUUCUCACUAAACAGGAUUUUGCCUAUAGCAAUUGCAAGUUCCUCUCUCAUGUGAAUAACAAUUUUGAUCUUGAAUAYCGUUUCUUCCAAAACACUUAAUCUUAUCCCUGACAUAUAUGCCAUCAGGAAUUACUGCCUCUAAUGCUGACUUAUUUUAAUAUAUCAGGUAUUUUUUACAUUCUGUGAGAUCUCCAAGUUUUAGCAAACUAAAAUGAAUUAUAAGUAUUUCCUGGUAAUUCUUUCAACAUGAGUGAAGGGUAUUUUUUUUUUUCUUAUUAAUUACUGCUGUAGAAAACCAACAACUUAGGUUUGGUAUCAUUAAUGUUGGAUCCUAGAAAGCACUCAUCUUGCCACAGGAUUUCACAGAGGGACUGGCUUUGUCUCCAGUCUAAUGCAAGYUGUUAAACUGAGCACUGCCUGUUCAAAUUCAAGCUCAAUAGAGUUAUAUUUAAAAUAGUAAUCUUUGCAGUAUUUUAUGUUUUUAUGAAUUUGUUAGAGAACUUUGCUUAUCCUGUAACUGUGCUACUAAAUAAAGAAGUGUGGACUGGAGGAUGUUUUGAUCUGGUGUAAGUACCUUGCAGGAACAUUAAUUUCUUGAUGAUAUAUGAACAGAAUAAAGUGGGAAUCUCAAACUUCCCUAGACUUUAUGAACCGAUCAUCAUCGAUUCAUACAUAUGCUAUUUUUUUCCUCACAAACUGUUUAACUCAUAAAAGCUUAAAAUGUUCUUUUACAGUGGGAUAAGGCUCGAUGAGAAAGUCCCUGGGAAUAGGGAAUUCUGCAGCCUAGAAAAACACUCUCUCAUUAUACCUAGCAGAUUGUUUUCUAUCUAAUGCCAAAUGCAUAGAAACAUCUGAGAGGUAGAGAAACUCUAGUCCUAAUCUUGCCUAGAUUAUUUUUCCUUGAAUUAAGAUUUGAUGCUUGAAUGGAUUUGAGAGACUGAGUUCAGGUUAAUACUGGUUAAAUAUGAACAAUUGAGAUCAAGAAGUGAAAAUCUAAAUGGCACAACAUUGGUUGUGCCAACAAAUUGGUAGUGCAUAUUCAUGAGCCCAAAAGAUGAGGGAAUGAUGCAACCCAAAUUUCAGGCACAAACCUUGUUACCUGUGAUCUUAUCUCCCUCUAGUGUUUGCUAACAGCAAAUAUGAGGACAAGCCUGCUUUUGAGGAGAAAGAACCUGAAGACUAAUCCCAACUGAGCAUGCUGAUGUCAAUUAGGGAUACAGGCUCAGAUCAUACAUAAUCCUUUUUACCAUCCUAUGUGCCAAAAUAAUCCAGUUGUAUUUUAGGGGUUUAAUUCUUGACCAUAGUUUCAGAAAGUUUCCAUCAAACUUAAGGUGGAUGGAUAAAACUUAAAUUUAUAGAUAAGCUAAACUGUUCGUGAUUGUGAAGAAUGUUAACUGAAGGUUAAAUACCUAAAAAUAUUUUAUCUCUUUGUCUGGCUUUGACCAAAAUAGAGAAAACUUGAUGAUUAUGAGGUACUAAGUAAAUGUCAGGAGAGAGCAGGAUGGAAUAUCAAAAUGCCGUUUUGAUACAGACUUUGAAAGGAAGUUCAUUCUGCUUUUAAUAAAGUCAUGAGGAUCUUGUCUGAACAUAUUGCAAGGUAUCCUAACUCUGAGCCUUGCAAAAUGAUGCUCUGCAGCAAGACCUUGAAGCUUUCUUGUAAUUUUUCCUGUAUGAAUCUGUCCUAACUGUUUGAUGGAAUAUGCRUUUUUUUUUUCUAAACCAAAUUAGGGCUGAAACCAAUGCUAUAUUUUUAUAUAUAUGCAGUGGGAUGGAUGAACAUCAUUAGAUUGAAUUAGUGGUCUUGA